AUGACCCUGAAUUCUUACUUUUUUGAGGAUGAGAAAGAAGAAAAUUCCAAACCCAUUGGUCGUUACCCGGUUCCCUAUAAGAAGGACCUGCCCUUUGACAUUAUAGAGCUCAUGGAAGAGAUGAAAAGAACGACAGGAUUUUUACCAAAUGUAUUUAAAGUGUUGUCUUACCGGCCUUCGGAAUUCAGAGCUUUCUUUGCUUAUUACAAUGCCAUCUAUAAUAAAGAAACAGGUCGGCUCAGCAAAGCUGACAAGGAGCUCAUCAUCGUAGUGACCAGCCUGGGUGAAAGGUGCCUAUACAGCGUUGUUGUCCACAGUGCCCUAUACAGGGUCUACUCAAAGAACCCAGGACUCUGUGACCAGGUCUGUAUAAACUGGAGAAAGUCUGACCUCCCUGCUAGAGACAAAGCAAUGGUAGAGUUUGCACUUGCUGUUUCCCAAGCUGAUGACAUAACAGAAGACCAUUUCAAACAGCUGGAAAUGCACGGCUUCAGUAGAGAAGAUGCCUGGGACAUAGCUACCAUCACAGCUUUCUAUGCUAUGGCCAACCGCCUUGUUCAUUUUAUCGACAUCAUUCCUAACAAGGGAUACUAUUCAUUGGGCAGGAACAGUGAUACUAAGCAGAUAGAGCAGGAACUUACUGCUCCAAAAGGAAGAGAAGGCUCUGACAUUGAUGAAGAUAUACCUGACUGCGCAGUAGCCGAGAUUUCGGCAGAUAUUUAA